GGGUCACAUUACAAGGGGCUCGAGCAGUCAACUUUCAGGGAAACUCGACUGUUGCUGCUACAGGAAGGAUCGUAUCUGGUAAAAUAUAAUGAUGGGUUGCUGUUGCCUGUCACGCCAUUCAUCAAGCUAUUCAGCUCCUCCCGAAAUAUCAAUAUUAUUCAAACAGGAACUGCCUCAAUGUAAAAAACAAGUGACCUACAGGAUUCCAGCUCUCAUAUAUAUCAGUGAUAAACAAACCUUCCUUGCCUUUGCUGAAAGGCGGAAAACCCCAAGUGACACAGAUGCAGAAUUGCUUGUGAUGAAAAAAGGAUUGUGGAAGAAUGACAAUAAUCCAGUUAAGUGGGUCAGUGGUCAACAGGUGUUUACGUCAGCUUGUCUCCCAAACCACCGCAGCAUGAAUCCAUGUCCGGUCUAUGAGAGAAAGUCCAAAACCCUCUUUCUGUUUUUCAUUUGUGUCCCUGUUGGGGUCUCUGAACAGCAACAAAAAAAUGAGAAAAAGAAUCAGGCACGCCUUUGUUACAUAACCAGUAAGGACACUGGUGAAACCUGGAGUGCUGUUACUGAUUUAACAGCAGAUGUGAUCGGUGAGCAGGAGAAGAACUGGGCCACCUUUGCUGUUGGACCAGGACAUGGAAUUCAGAUGAAGAGUGGGAGACUGAUUAUCCCAGCGUACACAUAUUUUUUCACCUCAGAAAAUCCACCCACAUCGCAUGCAUUUGCAAUCUACAGUGAUGAUAAAGGGAGCACUUGGCAUAUCGGAAAGUGUAUGAAUGGUCUACCUUCAAAUGAAUGUCAGAUGGCUGAGAUCAUCGAUGAUGAAGGCAACAGUAAACUUUACUGCAAUGCUCGAAGCACAAUUCACUACAGGGUCCAGGCUCUAAGUGAAAGUAAAGGAACAGAUUUUGACACGUCUUCAUCUGUAAAUAAACUGAUAGAGACUGGAAAUGGUUGCCAAGGAAGCGUGUUGAGUUUUACCCCUGAUCAAGCAUCUGAAAAAACAUGGCUGCUAUACUGCCACCCAACCAAUGCAACCAAUCGAUUAACCCUUGGCGUAUACUUAAAUAAAUGCGCGAGUGACUUGUCUGGAUGGGGUAAUCCUGUGAUUCUGCAUGAGGGUCCAAGUGGAUACAGUGAUCUGACUCAAUGUGGGGAUGGAAAACACUUUGCCUGUCUCAUGGAAUGUGGAGAGAAAAGUGAGCUUGAAGGAAUAGGCUUUAUCCUGUUUGAACAGAAAGAUGACAAGGCCGAAAAAUUACAAAUUACCAAAUUUACUAAACAGAAUUGAUUAAAUUACAGCUAAAACAGCACAUGUAAUCACAAAUGUGACAUUAAACCAUUAAAAUAAUCAAAAUAUUAACAUGAUAUAGAAUUUCAUUCAAGAGUUUGAACUCAGAUUUGACUUAUAUAGACCAGCCAAUUUAUAUAACCACUUUAGGUCUUUCUCCAUAUUAUUAUAACAUAUAUAUUUUGACGGAUAAAAAAAAAACUCAUUUUCACAUUGAGACAUUAUCAGGUGCCUCAGAAUGUCAAAAAGACAAUAGAAAUGUGUUUUUUAAAAUCCAAAGAGUGAGACUAGUCUUAUAAGCGACAACAAGACUGUAUCAGUAUCAAUAAUAAAAAUAAAACACUGCAGUAUUCAUUUCUGAAUGAUUGCAAGUUUUGAAAUAAUGGGGUGAACCAAUGAUCCAGUGGUUCCCUCUUAAAGUGACCUAUUUACUUCAUUCCUGAAUGUCACACCCAUUUUAAUGAAUCAAUAACUCUUCCAAGAAAUGAUCUAAAAUCAUUUGCUGAUGGAUUUCACCAAACAGAAACAACAAAGUAUAAUAAUAACUACUAUUGUCAAAACUCAAAGACAGAGUUAUUUAUUAAUUCUUGGUUUGCAAACAUUGUACUCAGGCUGUAAAUUACUU